AGGGGUUGCACUGCGGUAAUAUGGCUCUUCCUUAGCCAGCGGCGGUGGCCAGUGCGGGCGCCGAGGUGCCGGGGCUCUCGGGUGGUCCGUUUCUAGGCUGCAAGGGCUAGGCGGAUAGCGGCUCCGGAGGCGGCGGCGGAUGCAGGAGGAGUGCCCGCCUGGCCGCAAGGCGGCCCAGGGGUCCAGAUGAGCUCCUGUGCCUCUCUCGGGGGCCCGGUGCCCCUGCCACCCCCGGGCCCGUCCGCCGCGCUGCCGUCCGGUGCCCCGGCGCGGGCCCUGCAUGUGGAGCUGCCGUCCCAGCAGAGGCGUCUUCGACAUCUCCGGAACAUUGCUGCUCGGAAUAUCGUCAAUAGAAAUGGCCACCAGCUCCUUGAUACCUACUUCACCCUGCAUUUGUGUGAUAAUGAAAAGAUAUAUAAAGAAUUUUAUAGAAGUGAAGUGAUUAAGAAUUCCUUGAAUCCAACGUGGAGGAGUCUUGACUUUGGACUAAUGCCAGACCGUCUGGAUACAUCAGUGUCUUGCUUUGUGGUGAAGAUUUGGGGUGGAAAGGAGGAUGCCUCUCAGCUGUUGAUAGAGUGGAAAGUCUACUUGGAUGGGCUGAAGUACUUGGGUCAACAGAUUCAUGCCCGCAACCAAAACGAAAUCAUUUUUGGGCUAAAUGAUGGCUACUAUGGUGCUCCAUUCGAACAUAAGCGUGCUGAGUCCCCGUUGAGGGUCGGCUCCUGUACUCACGCGCUGAGAGUGCAGUGGGUGAAGGCGGGUCCUCCAGCUGUGGGCCCAAGCAGGAGGAUCGCUCGCCCGGGCCCCAGAGUUCAAGCCUGGCCUGUGCUGGUGCCGGGAGAAGAGCGCUGCUGA